GCCAUUUUGGAAAUCUGCUUGUUGUGCACUAGCAUAACACUCAGAAGCUACUUGCAAACUUCAGUGUUUUUUUCCUUCUAUUUCUUGAUCAUAAGGAUCUGCGGGUCCGCAGUAGUAUUUCACCUCUGAGUUCCCGUGCGCAAGGAUGCUGUGAGAAGUUUGCGCAUCUUUCCUGAUUGUAAUGUUUGGAUAUUUCCCUUUGGAUUACGCUCCUAAAGAAUAAUAACAUCCAUGGACUCUAACCACGCGGUCUAAACGAAGAAGAAUGAACAUGGAUUUUUCCCAACUGCACACAUAUACGCCGCCACAGUGUGCUCCGGAGAACACCGGCUAUACCUACGCUCUCAGCUCCAGCUACUCAACAAAAGCGUUAGAGUUUGAGAGGGAGCACCAGAUUGCUGCUGUGUACGAGUCGCCGAGGAUGUCACGGCGAAGCCUGCGUCUGCAGACCAGCGCCAGUCACUAUGACAACGGGAGCUUGGCUGAUUUCUCCCACAAUCACAGCAGCAGCAGCUACACCAGCACACGGAGAGAGACAAGGACGGUACGGAGCAAAAAGCAGCAGUCCAGUUCCGGCUCCCUGUCUCUCUCCCUGAGCCAAGCCGCCACUCCGCGGAAAGCUCUCGCAUUUACAGCUGCGAGCACUCCCAUCAACAGCAGCAGCAUUCAGGAGAGCUCCCAAGAGUAUGAUGCCUCGCUGCUCACCCCCAUCCAUGACCAGUCCCACCUGAGACAACGCAUCAUCACUACAACCACAACCACCACCUCCACAUCUGUGGAUGGACACAGAGAGAGGGGUCACAGCUCUGACCACAGUUCAUCCGGAAUUAACGGCGACGCCAGCGUUAGUGCGUCAAAGUCCCAUGCCUCCCUCGCCAAUGGUUACAUCUGCAGAGACUGCUCUUUCCACUCUCAGAAGAAGAAUUCCCUUAUCACACAGUCAUCAUCAUCAUCAUUAUCAUCAUCAUCUCAGGCUGCCGUAGCUUCCACAGACGCCCUCUCCUCUUCAUCUUCAUCAUCGCCUUUCACAACUCUAUAUUCCAGGGACAGGAGUCGACGAAACAAGACAGGUGUGCUGGUGUCUGUUUCUAACACAUGUGUGCGCUACAGCAAACGAGCCUUGGCCCCCAUAGUGUCUUUAGUCACCCUGCUUUUCAACAGUGUGCUCUGGCUGGGUUCAAAGGUCAGACACCCUCCAGGAACAGGUGUGUUAACUUCAUUCUUUGACUCUGUGGGACGGGCAGCAUCCUCCAGUUGGUCUCAGCUUUGGCUGCUCAAGCAGAACACUCUGAACAGGGUGAAGGGCUACAUGUCCAGAGGUGAUGAAGGACAAGCUCACUCGAGUUUCUGUGGAAGCAUGAAUGUGAAAGGGCUGAUGGCUGAAGAUGCAUCACAUCUAAAUCUCAAUGGUUCCCUAUGUGAUGACUGUAAAGGGAAGCAGCAUUCUGAGACACAAACCGUCCUCCUUACAAAGUCCUCCAGGCCAAGGCGCCUGGCAGGGGCGCUGUGGAGCGUCCUAGCUUACACAGGUUACUGCCUCCUCCAGCCGGGUUACUGUGUGGUGAGAGCAGGCAAAGCGUUGGGAUCAGGGGCUGGGACGGUGCUGCAGAGGCUGCUCUCUCUCUUCUGGAUGAUCCUGGCUGCUCCAGUGAAGGCAGGCAGGGGGCUUCUGUGGUUUCUUGCAUCAGGAUGGUACCAGCUGGUGUCUCUUAUGUCUCUCCUGAAUGUCUUCUUUCUGACACGAUGCCUUCCUAAGCUCUGGAAGCUGCUGUGGCUGCUUUUGCCCCUUCUGCUCCUCCUUGCUUUAUGGUUCUGGGGUCCGUCCACUGCUGCCCUGCUCGCCUACCUUCCAGCCAUUAACCUCACCGAGUGGCGUCCUGCCUCUCCCUUCGCCCUCCUGUCAAACUUGGUUCCAGCUUCUGCUCCAGCUCCUGCCUCUGUCCCUGUCCCUGCACCAGAGACUCCUCUGGUGCAGACCCCAGCCACACCGGUCUCACAAGCACCAUCGAUCCUUCCUCCCAUGGCUGUCUCUGGCCUGGAUUUAGAGCGACUGGAACGUGUGGAGAAGCAGCUCAUCCUGCUGUGGGAGCGAGUCAAACAGGGUGAUGAAAAGCAAGAGCAGCGUCAUGGAGACGUUUUGGGUCUUUACAGCACCCUGAAGGAGCAGCUCCACACUCAGACAGACAGGGAGAGCCUGGGCCUGUGGGUGUCCUCGCUGCUUGAGCAGAGACUGGGCGUGUUACGAGGAGAGCUGGAGCAGGAGAGCACAAACAGGGCAAAGAGUGAGGAGAAACAGAAAGAGCACCAGGAGAGUCACGCAUUACGGCUGGCUGAGCUAGAACUUCUGCUGAGCACUCUGGCUGCCAAAACUGAGGAGGUUCAGCAGAAGCAGCAGAUGUUUGAGCACCAGAAGCAGCAAAAACAACAGAAAGAGGCUCCCACUCCUGCAGCAGACCCCAUCCCCAUCAGUGUGGGUGUGAAGCAGGAGGACCAUGAUGCUUUGCUAGUGGAGGUGCAGAGACUUGAAGUGGAGCUGGGCAAAGUCAGACAGGACCUGCAGGGUGUUUUGGGAUGUAAGGGCAAAUGUGAGCAGCUGGAAACACUGCAGGAGACGAUAUCAGCCCAGGUCUCCUCUCAGGUGUCCUCUCAGGUUCGUAAGGAGUUGCAGGCUCUGUUCUUCGGUGGUGGGUCUGGAGAGGAGCAGGGAGAAGUGCCUGAGUCGCUGAUUGCCUGGCUGUCUCAGCGCUACGUUAGCACGCCUGACCUGCAGGCCUCACUGGCUGCCCUGGAGUUGAGCAUCCUGAAGAACGUAUCUCUGCAACUGGAGCAGAACAGGGCCCAAACCCUGGGCGAGGCUGAGUCCCAAGCCAAGAGCAUUGUUCAGACAGUAACCGGGAGCGUCCAGCACACUGUGUCUACUGAGGGACUGUCCGAAGAGCAAGUGAAGCUGAUCGUCCAAAACGCCUUGAGGCUCUACUCCCAGGACCGAACAGGCCAAGUGGACUAUGCACUGGAGUCAGGAGGUGGAAGUAUCCUCAGCACUCGCUGCUCGGAGACAUAUGAGACAAAGACGGCCCUCAUGAGUCUGUUCGGCCUGCCUCUGUGGUAUUUCUCCCAGUCUCCUCGGGUCGUCAUCCAGCCUGAUGUGUACCCCGGUAACUGCUGGGCAUUCAAAGGCUCUCAGGGCUACCUGGUGAUCCGGUUAUCCCUAAGGAUCCUGCCCACAUCCUUCUGUGUGGAGCACAUCCCAAAGGCCCUGUCCCCGACUGGAAACAUCACCAGUGCACCGCAAAAUUUCACAGUCUAUGGUCUAGAUGAUGAGUACCAGGAAGAGGGGAAGCUGCUAGGCCACUACACAUACCAGGAAGACGGGGAGUCUCUGCAAACAUUUCCUGUCAUGGAACAAAACGACAAGAGCUUCCAGAUCAUUGAGGUGCGCGUGCUGUCGAACUGGGGUCACCCUGAAUACACCUGCCUGUACCGCUUCAGAGUACACGGAGAACCUCGGCCUCAGUGAACCAAUCACUACCGCACUCUCACGUAUGACAUAUCACACUAUCUGUACAUAGCUUAAGGAUGAGGGGACUUGGAAGUGAACUAUGGAUGAUUUUGUAUGAAAGACACGAAGACUAAGAAUUGUGGACUGUUAAAGGAACGUGAAUCACGGACAUGUUUCGUUGAAAGAAUCACAGGAAGUCUGUUUGAGAACUGUCACAAACACAGACGAGGAAUGGAACCAUGGAAGAAACUACAACUCCCAAUCUCCUUUGCAAAAUGGUCUCUUGCACUGAAUAAGCCCGCGAUGAUGGGCUCUGACCUGACCAGACUUGUACAUCCCGCCUUUUAGCUCCUCCUUCUUCAAGGAGGUGGACGAAUUAAAUGGAUGGAUUAUGGACUCUUCAUCUGUUUCUUCAUACACUGCAUCUCAGCUUGGUUUCUUUUCAUUUACAUCCGUUGUUUUCUUGUUAGUCUGUUUUUUUAGGAUCUAAGCCACUACACUUUUGCAUGUCACCAUCUUUGUCCAUUUGUUGUCAUGGAGUCUCUGCAGUGACUUUAUCUGAGCUGUUUGGUCGGCCUGCAGGACUAAAAUUUUCCAAUCUGGACGUGAAUGUGUCACUACAUUAGAAGCUCGCCGUCAUGCAUUCACACAACCAUAACCUUUCUGAACAUAUGCCUAUGGUCAGGCUCUAAGUGUUUGCUCAAGCUCGAUGCAAGUCAUCCUUUAACCUCUCAGCCACAACAUUGUAACCACUAACCAGAGCUAAGAAGCUCUUCACUUUGUACAAAAUACCCGUAUGGAUAUGGCUGCACUCAGCAUGUGACUCCUCUCCAAGCAGAACUUGCAUCAUGUAUUUGCAUAAAGAGAUGUCCGCUCUGAAGGUUUGAGUCCUGUGCAGGAGUCUCAAAUUCACAAUCAGUUCGAGAGAUAAAUGAUAUAAGUGCUCCUGUAGGGAAAAGUAGGAAUUGUUUUCUGUUCUUAUGAAGAGAAAGCUCUGGCUGCCUCCCUCUGGCUUAGAUAUAAACGUCCUCCUCACACGAGCUCCCUUUAUUCUUACAACCUGAAGGAAUGUAAUCUGUAUAUUUCAUUGUUGAUAGUCAGUCCUUUAUAAUAUCUGCUUUUAUCAGUGUUGCUUUAUAAAAAAAAAUCCUAUUAUUAUGUAUUACUACCAUUGUUUCUACUGUUACUCAUCGUGUUGUUUUGCUUUUUUCUUUUGAUUUUGGGGGUUUGUUAAUGUACGAGGAUGCACUGCAACAACUUGUUAGAACGUUUGUGGCACAGGUUUUCACGAUUUGUUUUAAAAAAAGGGGGGUUUCCAAAAUGGGGAAGUCUAAAAUGUGUAAAAAUAUGUUUUGUUCACAAACUUAUUUAUUAACAGGUGAAUUAGUGACUGCAAAAUAUGAGUUACUUCGAUGUAUAUUUUGUCAAAAGCUGUUCAGUGCAUUUUGAAACCAUCUUUGGACUUUUUUUUAAGAUAAGAGGCUAUUUUUGUUCAGUCAUGAGAUGACUUAACUGCUUUGGAAUAUAUUCCAAUAAAGACUUUAAUUUUGAA